AUGCCUCCUAGUGUUUCUACAAUUGCCGACCUGUGUGCCUUGGCUUUGAUUUGGCACUUUGGUUCGAGUACUCUGUCCUUCACAAUCGUUGUUUCGUGUUCUUCUUUCUUCGAAAAAGGCGACGUUAUCGUAAACCUGUUGUUUCUUGAUUGGAUCUGCAUGGCUACCGGUAGUCGGCUCAGAGAAUGCGAGGAGCAAGGAACCUCGAGUAUUAGCAACCAAGCAGAAGACAGCUCUUCGACGGCGUUGUUGGGUACACAGUGCAGGCCCGGCAAGCGGUACCUUAGUGGGGACAGUGCCCUGGUCAGUCACGUUCCUGGGGAAGCCCCAAUCCACCCGUAUCUCAAUCAGGGCAACAGCUGCGGCUUCAAUCCAACAUCGGACAAACAAAGCCCUACACCGUGUGCCGUUCAAGCUCUCGUGUCCGGUUUGGAGACGUGCUACAACCAUCAACGGGUUGCGACGAUGGAGAGCCACCACCAGUCCACCACCACCACUACGGUCUACCGUACUUUACCACACACACGAAACGUCCUCCCAAUCAUCCGCGCCAGAGCCGGACAUCACAACCACACGCCUGGGGCUUCCCCACCACCAGCUCACCUCCUCCACCACCUUCUGACCAGAUACAGGCCCCUCCUAACGGUCGGUCUGCCUGGCCUGAAGUUGACUGAGGCGGCAUUGGAGCAACGCGAACCCGAUCAAACAGCUUUCCUUUCCGGCCCGGCCUACUACACUGUCCUUAAACUUCCGCUGACCGGCAAUCCGCUGGAGUCUGAUAGAGUCCAGCUGUUGGCCAGGAUAUCGGGGGCCGCCAUUGCCAUUCGGGACGGUCAGCUGGCCCCCUCCCCUCCUCCAUCGGGCGCCAUGCGGGCUUCUGCUCUGGGCAAGUCGGGUGGAUUCUCGUGCCUCUGGCGGAACGUCGUCCACCCCGUCAUUAUUGCGCUCCCCGACGCAGACCGUCGCUUAUGCUGCCUACUCUUGCCUCUGACCGGCCAGAAUCAGAAUGGGAUGCUUUUGCCACUUGACACUAUUCCUGGGCUAGGCAUUGGUAACGCAGUCCCAAGAUCGUCAGCAGAGAUAUCCUCCAACAUCAAUCUACUCGCCAAUGUCCGGAGAUGGCCAAGCCACACCGCACGCGAGAAAGACACACGCACGCUCUGCCCGAAUCUUGGAUACAGCCAACCUCGCCUUCAUAGGCAUUACCUAAGUUCACUAUGCAGCUAUCACCGAAACGUCGACGAGCCGCUCUUGUCUCAGGAAAAAGAUAUCACAAAACUGUCCUUGUGGCAUCGACUUGGGACUCUGGGAUCUCCCGUAACGCCAGCAGGCUUGACGUCUUUAGGCCAGCCUCCCGCCUAUGCUUCACAUCUUGAUUCUUUGACAGUCUCAACCCCUUCACCGGUAUCCACGCCCGCUACCAUUGGAGACUCGACUAUCUUGAAAUGGACGUCACCGAAAGCUGGCUUUGGCCGGCGCAAGCUUGCCUCUAGCAAGGCUCUCGGAAGCGCUAGCGGUGUUGUCGUUGCGCUGAGAGAAAUCGAGAUGGAAGAAACAUUGUUCAACGGCCCAACCAAUUAUCGACGACAGCUAGCAAUGCUGUUACGGGGAUGCCUUGUUGGCCGCCGACUGAAGAGGGCAAUUAACCACGUUGGCAUCAGCUCGUCGUGCCCUAUACCCAUGAUCUGUGAUCGACAAAGGGUUCCCACAAGACGACCAGGUACGACUAAGCAUUCUCCCAACAUUGUCCCUCGACAAAUCAUAGUAUUCAAGCGCAUCGGCGCACACUCCGACUACUCCCACAUCGAGCGGGUUGAAAGGGAGCCACCGGGCCAAAUCGUCGAUUGCUCCCAAAACUUCAGCAGCACGGCAGUAGGGCAGUCGAGACAAUGCCAUGCCAUCCCGAAGCUGGUUUCUCCAUGCAUAAAAGCUCUCCCAUCGAGGCAACAACCCCCGCCGAUCGUCGCCGGCCGCACAAUUUCACAAAACGGUUGUGCCGGCGGACUCUCUUAUGGGAAUUCGUCUUUUUUCCUAUCUUUCCACCAAGAUACGGAUGCCUGGGAUUUAUCACCUCAGCUCCUCUCGGAAACGGUCCAGCAUGGUAUCUGCUACGUUGUCAUCCCCGCGCGCUGUCACGACGAGAACAGAAGAACAGCGGAGACACCUGUGGAUGCCACUUUCACAAACGGACUAGUCUCCGUCGGAUGCGUGUCGCUAUCAAAAACCCUGUCUACGAGAGUGGAUACCACACAGAAAUGGGGGCCUCUUCACCUAUCAUUGGAAAGACGUGUGAGAGACGCCCACGGCAUCCCCAGGCAAAGCGUUCGUGGUUUUGCUUUUACCAGUCCGAUUUCCAGCGUACCUGCGUCAGCAAAGGCAUUCCACGGAAGGUUCAUCGGGGAUCGGGAGAAGGUUUUUGGUGCUACCACUCCCAGCACUUCUCUCAGUCCCGACGAUGAAAAUGCGCCAAAGAGAUCUUUGCAAGGCACUGCUAUUGUUGAAGACUUAACGAAGUCAUGUAUCCUGGCCGACGUACCUGUCGAUCUCUCGCUCAACCUGUCCGAAGCCGAGCAGAAUUAUCCCUUGACAGCAGCACAUGGAAGAUCCAGGAACAAUGAAUGGCAUUUCAUGUCCGGAUGCAGCGAUCGACAAGCGAGUGCUGCGUUGCGUGAGCUGUCUUUGGCCUUGUUGAGCCGCACGCGUAUUCUAUUCCCUGAAGACUCGGGGCAACCGGCGCUCAGCAACCCUGUGUUCAGGAAUCGUUUGAUUAACCCCGCGGCGCCACACUAUGCAAAGAUACCAGGCAGCAUUUUUUGGAUCUCUGUACCGCAUUUUUAUCUUGUUCAUUACACAUUUUCGACUUAUCCCGCCAGACCCAGUCGCAUCGUAGUCCCAUUUCGCCCGCAGCACCAAGCUCGAGGAUCCCCCGUCGCAACGACCAUGUCCGAUGUAUUCCGUAAAGUAGGGAGGGGAGGCUCAGGGAACUUCUUCUCAAAGAAGGACGUGGACGAUGCUGAAAAGGCCAAGCCAGAGGUAACACGCGAGACGGUCUGUCCUUCAAGAGCAAUUCGUAGCUUACCCAAAAUGAUCCACGGCAAACAGGACAUUGAGGCACAAAAGUCGACCGACGUCGCCGCUUCCUCGACAUCACCGACCUCGACCGGCUACGUGCGCGCGGGACGAGGAGGAUCGGGCAACUACGUGGACCCGACUUCUCUCCCCGGCACCAAGCAGCAAGAGGAGCUCGCGAGCAAGACACAGGCGGCCGUGAAUGCCAGCAUUGCGCGAUCGGCGGCGAGGGGUGCUUCUGGCCGCGGCGGCGCCGGCAACUAUACGGGAGGCGUUGUGCCUGGCGCCGAGGCGAGCGAGGAGGAGGAGGUGAAGCGCAAGGAGGCGCUCGAGAAGAAGAUUAUCGAGGACGUCGAGGCCGGUUUGCCCAUGCCGCCCAAGGCUUUUCACCAUACUACCAAGAAGGAGGAAGAGGGUGCUUGA